UAUAUAUAUAUAUAUAUACAACUGUAUUUACUCUGCAAAGCCCUAGUUUUUUUCCGAGGGUUAGCUCUUGUUUUCUGAGAACGCUGAUACAUUCUGGCGAUGGCGACGUCGUUCGGGGCUGCGCACACCGCGAUCCCAAGAGAGCCGAAGGUUCUAAUUCAGAGGUUUCAUGGCUUGAAUUCUUCGCAUUCUCUGCUCUUGAACAAGCGCAUACAUGUCUUCUCAGAUUCUACUUCCAAUCGUCCCAUCAUCAGAGCUGUUUCAACGCCACUCAAGCCAGAUACUUCCACUGAGCCUAAGCGUAGCAAAGUUGAAAUUUUUAAAGAACAAAGUAACUUCAUUAGAUACCCUCUUGACGAAGAGCUCUUAACAGACACUCCAAAUAUAAAUGAGGCUGCUACACAAAUGAUCAAGUUCCAUGGAAGCUAUCAACAGACCAACAGGGACGAACGUGGUUCAAAGUCUUACUCAUUCAUGCUUCGUACCAAGAAUCCUUGUGGAAAGGUUUCCAAUGAACUCUACUUGGCUAUGGAUGAUCUUGCUGAUCAGUUUGGAAUUGGAACACUUCGUUUGACUACCAGACAAACAUUUCAGCUCCAUGGAGUUUUGAAGAAGGACCUGAAGACGGUGAUGAGUACCAUCAUUAGAAGCAUGGGUUCAACACUUGGAGCAUGUGGUGAUCUCAACAGAAAUGUUCUUGCACCAGCCGCGCCACUUGCUAGAAAAGAUUACCUUUUUGCACAGGAGACUGCGGAAGAUAUUGCUGCACUUCUAACUCCUCAGUCUGGUUUUUAUUAUGAUAUGUGGAUGGAUGGAGAGAGAAUUAUGUCCGCAGAACCUCCUCAUGUAGUGAAGGCCCGCAAUGAUAAUUCUCAUGGGACAAAUUUCCCUGAUUCACCUGAGCCCAUUUAUGGAACUCAGUUCUUGCCACGGAAAUUCAAAGUUGCAGUUACUGUGCCUACAGAUAACUCAGUGGAUAUUCUCACAAAUGACAUUGGGGUUGUUCUAGUUUCAGAUGAUAAUGGGGAGCCUCAGGGUUUCAACAUUUAUGUUGGUGGUGGGAUGGGAAGAACACACAGACAGGAAGCAACAUUUCCCCGUCUGGCAGACCCAUUGGGUUAUGUACCAAAGGAAGAUAUAUUGUAUGCAGUGAAAGCUAUUGUUGUUACACAACGAGAAAAUGGGAGAAGGGAUGACCGCAAGUAUAGUAGAAUGAAAUACUUGAUCAGCUCAUGGGGAAUUGAGAAGUUUAAAGCUGUUGUUGAACAGUAUUAUGGAAAGAAGUUUGAACCUUUCCGUGAAUUGCCUGAGUGGGAAUUUAAGAGUUAUUUGGGAUGGCAUGAGCAGGGUGAUGGUGGUUUAUUUUGUGGGCUCCAUGUUGAUAAUGGUCGUAUUAAGGGGACGAUGAAGAAGACAUUAAGGGAAAUUAUUGAGAAGUACAACUUGAAUGUGCGAAUCACACCAAACCAGAACAUGAUCUUGUGUGAUAUUGGCCAAGAAUGGAGGGACCCGAUUACCACAGCUCUUGCACAGGGUGGUCUGCUGCAUCCUAGGGAUGUAGAUCCCCUCAACGUAACUGCAAUGGCAUGCCCAGCUUUUCCACUUUGCCCUCUGGCAAUAACUGAAGCUGAGCGUGGAAUACCUGACAUCCUAAAGCGGGUUCGUGCCGUAUUUGAGAAGGUUGGUCUUGAAUAUAAUGAAUCUAUAGUGAUAAGGAUAACUGGUUGUCCUAAUGGUUGUGCUAGACCCUACAUGGCUGAACUUGGAUUAGUUGGUGAUGGUCCUAAUUGUUAUCAGAUUUGGCUCGGGGGAACACCCAAUCAAACCUCGCUGGCAAAAUGCUUUAUGAAUAAGGUUAAGGUGCAGGAGCUUGAGAAAGUUUUGGAACCUUUGUUUUACUAUUGGAAGCGGAAGCAGCAGUCAAAAGAAUCAUUCGGCGGCUUCACAAAUCGCAUGGGAUUUGAGAAACUCCAGGAAUUGGUUGACAAAUGGGAAGAAGGUCCAGUAGAUGAACUUGAAGCUCUUUAAAGAGACUAAUGCGGCUUUGGUGAACUUGCAAGGCUCCAAAACAAUAAUGCUCAUCUAUUAGCUAUGGAAAUCAUUCGCAUUUCAUUGCUUACCAACUAAAUGGUGAAGGUGAGAAAAAGUUAACCCAUGCCCACUUUCCCUGCUAGUACUAUUCAGCAACAGCUGAAACAAGUGGAGAUUGGAUUUUGGUACCUUUUGCAUUUAGUUUUAUUUGUGUUUCUGUGUAUCUAGACAUGAUUUUGCAUUCUAUUUUCUUUAGUUUCCAAGUUUUUUCCUUAAGUAAUGGAUCACCAGAGAGGUUUGUGUUUAUUCCUCAACGAAGUGUGAUGUUGUAGCCAUUAGGUUUGUGUUCACGCUCCUAUUGUCAACUAGCCAAGAACAUAAUGUAGCGUUCGGUUUUCUAGAAUGGAGGUGAAUUGGAAUGGUGUACUCAUUCUUUGCCCUCCGUAUAGAAAUCAUUCUAUGAUGAAUAAUGAUAUCAUUUGCAAUGUAUUUGCCAUAAUUUUUUUUUAGUGAACCAAACGUGAGAAUGAACA